AUGGCUUCAUCUAUGCUUCUCUUUCUCCUCUACUCUCUCAUUCUUCAAUCUAUCAGUGUUGCAGCUCAAACCAAAAGUACUAUAGCCAUUGGUGAUUCUCAUACUGCUGAAUCCAACACCUCCCCAUGGUUGCUUUCACCUUCUGGUGACUUUGCCUUUGGUUUUCUACCACUUAAUGACACUAAUCUUUUUUUGCUUUCCAUUUGGUAUGCAAAAAUCUCUGAGAACACUGUUGUGUGGUAUGCUAAUGGCGACAGUCCUGCACCCAAAGGGUCGAAAGUUGAACUCAAUGCCAAUGAUGGGUUGGUGCUAACUUCUCCAAAUGGUGUCGGGUUAUGGAAUACUACUGAGGUACUCAAUAGUGGAGUUUCUCGAGGUGUGUUCAAUGACACUGGCAAUUUUGUGCUUCAGGAUGGUAAUUUCAACAAUAUCUGGGAGACUUUCAAGCAUCCAAAUGACAACUUGUUGCCUUCUCAGGUUAUUGACAAAGGUGGAAAGCUCUCUUCAAGGCUUAAGGAGUCAAAUUUCAGUAAAGGAAGGUUCGAGCUCCUUUUACAAGAUGAUGGUAAUCUUGUUAUGCAUUCUAUUAAUUUACCAUCUGGUUAUAUUAAUAAAGAAAACUACUAUGAAAGUAAAACUGUUGGAUCCGAUACAUCAAGUGCUGGAACUCAAUUGGUCUUUGACAGAUCAGGGUACUUGUAUGUCUUGGGAGAGGAAAAUGAGAAAUACAAUGUGUCAGAACAAGAGAGUGGAGUCUCUACCAUAGAUUUUUAUCUUAGAGCAACUCUUAAUUUCGAUGGAACGUUCACACUUUUUAAGCAUCCAAAGAGUUCAACCGAGAGUGAAGGUUGGACCAUAGUGUGGACUAUGCCUGAUAAUAUAUGCACUUAUAAUGUUGAGUUAGGUAGUGGUGUUUGUGGAUAUAAUAGCUUCUGCAAAUUGGGAAAUGAUAAGAGACCAACAUGUCAGUGUCCAAACAGAUACUUACUGGUUGAUCCUGAUGAUCCAUUUGGUAGCUGCAAGCCUGAUUUCAUACAAGGAUGUGCAGAAGAUGAACUAAGUAAAAAUAGAAAUGAUCUCUAUGUCUUUGAUACUUUGACUCAAAUUGACUGGCCUAAAGCAGAUUACGUGCUUCAAAAACCUUUUACGGAAGAAGAAUGUAAGAAAUCUUGUAUGGAUGAUUGUUUUUGUUCUGUGGCUAUUUUCCGGUUAGGUGAUAGUUGCUGGAAGAAGAAGUUACCACUCUCAAAUGGGAUAUAUGAUGCCGCCACACUUAGUGAUGCUAAGGCCUUCUUGAAAGUGAGAAAAGAUAAUACCUCCUAUGUUUUUCCUCCAGCUCCAAUCAUUGUGAACAAGACUAAUAAUAGGGGAACUUUGGUCUUGGUUGUUUCUGUGCUUUUUGGUAGCUCUGCUAUUCUCAAUGUUGUAUUGAGUGUAGCAAUAUGUGUUGGCACCACCAUUGUUUUUCAGUACAAGAAGAAGCUUAGAAGAUUUAGCCAAAGUGAUACUGGUGUUUCAACCAAUUUGCGUUGCUUCACUUACGAAGAGCUCGAAGAAGCAACCAAUGGAUUUGACAAAGAGCUAGGAAGGGGAGCUUUUGGUAUUGUUUAUGAAGGAGUAAUCAAUAACAACACAAGUUCUGAAACUCGCGUGGCAGUUAAAAAGUUGAACAGUUUUUUGUUGGAUCAGGCUCAUAAGGAAUUUAGGAAUGAAGUGAAUGUCAUUGGUGUCACUCAUCACAAGAACUUGGUUCGUUUACUUGGAUUUUGUGAGAGUGGACGUGAAAGAUUGCUUGUUUAUGAGUACAUGAGCAAUGGUACUUUGGCACAUUUUCUUUUCAAUGCUGAUGAUGAGAAACAAAAACCAAGUUGGAAACUAAGACUAGAAAUUGCAAUAGGGGUAGCUAGAGGUCUUGUGUAUUUACAUGAAGAGUGCAUCACUAGGAUCAUCCAUUGUGACAUAAAGCCUCAGAACAUACUUCUUGAUGAUAAUUUCAAUGCGAGAAUUUCUGACUUUGGAUUGGCCAAGCUGUUGAACAUGAAUGAGAGCAAAACCAAUACUGGCAUAAGGGGGACAAAAGGGUAUGUUGCAGUUGAGUGGUUUAAAAACAUGCCUAUCACAGCUAUGGUGGAUGUGUAUAGUUAUGGAGUAGUGCUACUAGAGAUAAUUUCAUGUAGAAGAUGUGUUCAAGAAAUGGAUCAAGGAGAAGAAGAGAAAGCUAUAUUAACUGAUUGGGCUUAUGAUUGCUACAGAGAUGGUGCUGUAGAUGCACUGGUUGAGGGAGACAAUGAGGCAUUGGAUGACAAAGGAAAGUUGGAGAAAUUGGUAAUGAUUGCAAUUUGGUGUGUACAAGAGGAUCCAGUUCUUAGACCAAGCAUGAGAAAUGUGAUACAUAUGCUUGAAGGUACUGUUGAAGUGCAAGUUCCACCAUACCCCUCUCCUGUUAGUAUUCAAUAUUCUCUAAUUUAA